AUGGCAUCUCUUUUUCGGUGCAAAUGUUUGCUGUUAUUCACCGAUCUCACAUCACAAACGGGUCUGGCUAAUCAUUUAGGAGUAGACUAUAGCAUGUUGAUUGUUCAUGGCGUUUCAAGGGCUCAAUUGAGAAAGGUUCUUUCAAACGGAGACAUAGAAACCUAUAAUAAAUGCAGAGCUAUGGCAGAGAGAAGUGAAUACCCUCCUUUACGCAUCGUCUACGAUCCCUAUGAAGGGGGUGAAAUCAACGGGUGGGCUGUGGUUGACCCUGCUCGGAAUUUCAUGGACUCGAAAACAAGAAAUUGCUCAGUUGGUACCUGUGAUUUUGUUGGAAAUUAUUAUCAACUAACAGAACAUGCCAGCUGUGUACACCCAGGUGUUAGGCCAACAGAUGUAGACCCUGAACGCGAACUUGAGUGGAGAAGGUUGGAAGAAGAUAUGGUGCAACAAGACCUGCUCAGUAUGCAGUUGGAGUCGGAUCAUGCCGCUGAAGUCAUUGUUGGCGACGUCACUCGGAUUUGGCAUCUUUGGUAUAGCAUGCCGGAUAGUUCAUCUUCAGAUGAAUCAGACAGUGAUUCGUGAAUGUAGUAUGUCAAGCGAGAAUGCCCGAACCACAAGAAGCAGAACCCCUACACAUGUCAGACAGAGAUCAAAAAGUUCACCAAGUUCACAUAACCGUCAAGAAUAGGUAACUACAUUGGUUGAGUUCCAUGAGCUUAGCUCAGA